GUCGGUAUGGAUUGCGAGUAUCAUGCGAGAGCAGUACUUUUGAGAGUGCUCGAUUGUGCGAAGCGUUGCUGUAGUUCAUUCAACGUUGCAUUCAACGUUGAGCAUUAUGCCGCAUAAUGCGCUCUAGUGCUGUAAUUGGAAAACUACCACAAUAAGCACACGGCAUACAAAAUUAUGUUUUUUAAUCUACAAAAUUUUAUCAUUCAGCAUUUGGUUUGAGUUUUAUUACACGAUAUUUUUCCUUCAUCCUGGAAGCCAUCGUGACCACGAGUUAAAAACGUAUUUCAUUAGGAAAAUUGGUACCUGUAUGUGAGAAUAGAUUCAACCUAUGGGCUUUGUUCCCUUUGCCUGUCCGAACAAAAAAUCAUAGUUCAUACCAUAGAUUAUACUUUAUACCCAAAAAUCAAUAAACUCAAUUCAAGAUUUACGAAGACCUGGUGUUGUUAUAGACCCUUAUUCUUUGAGAUUAUUCUCCGUCAUUUAUUUCGGUUUAACUUCGGAUAUUCACCGACAACACGAGCUUAAGUUCAUUCAUCCUUUGAACUGAUUCUUGAAUCAUAAGUCGUUGUUGAGAUCGUGGUGUACCUGAGCCUCGUCUCUCGCCGUCUUAGGUGUUAAAAACACCAGGUUCUUUUGUUACGCAGUACUUUAAAACCGUCAAAAUUAUUUCCAAAAUGAAAAUAACCGUUAAGCAGUUGCAGGGAGGUGAAUGUUUAAUAGAUAUAUAUCCAAGUAUGCUCAUAUCAGAGUUGAAAAGGCAUGUUGCACGAAAGCUGCAUAUACCUGUCGAACAACAAAAACUACUGCUACUUGGUAGAACUUUACUGGAUGAUCACACUAUACAAAUGUACCCUAACAUCAAAGAAGGUACUAAGUUAAAUUUGGUUGUGAAGAAACCGGAAUCACUUUAUGAUGCAUCCUUUAAGCAUUACAAAAGACAAGGCAUGUCAGACAAGGAUGCUGCAAAUACUGCAAACAAACUUCUGAGGAUUGUUCAAGAGAAGUUUGAUAAAAUGUCCUGGGAUGAAGUUGACAGACUUUGCUAUGACUGCCUGCUGGACGAAAGAGGUAUAAGGCGACCAGCCUACAUUGAGAAUGACAUCGAGAUUGAUGAUAUGUUUAAUUUGUGACCUUGUUACCUUAUGUAAAUUCUAUCUCACCUGAGAUUAGAAAAUAUUUUAUAUUUUGAAUUUCAAAAAAAGUUUUUCAUUAUAAUCACACUUUUCUUUUAACGUCUUGUAGAAAAAGCUUUAAAUAUUUAGCUUUUUCUUCUCACUAAAAUAUUUCAGAAAUACUUUGCCUAUCAAUAGUUUAUUGUUAUAUUCUUAUUUCACAGCUGAUUCAAUGCCCUAAUUCAAUGAUCUAUUACAAUUUAACUUGUGUGAUUGUAAUUUAAUAUAGAAUAUAAUUAGGGAGACAAAAUUAUUUAUUUCAUUUAAUUAAUGAUCUUAAAAAGUUAUUGUUUUAUAAUUAUUAUUAUUACAGUAUAUAAUAAAUGAUCAUCUCAUUAACUUUAUAAUUUUCAUUUUUAAGCUAUAUGUGAGUAGUAUAGUUUGUAGUAGAAAUAGUUUAUUGAAAAAAUAUUCAGUUUAUUUGUUGUGUAAUUUUAGUCAUAAUUAUUUUAGGAUUUAGAUUAGAAUUUGACUAUAUAAAAUCACUGCAUGUUAGUGACAUUUCUACUAUUGUAUAAUUCAAUUUAAUAUGAUGGAAGUAAAACAAUAAACAUUAUUAAUGA